AUGUCGAAAGGCAUGCAGAACCUCAUCAUCGAGAUCCUCCAGGCGCAGCCCUCGCUUCGAGACUCGAAAAGCUACCUCACCAGUUUCGCACCUCGCAAAGCAGCGCCACGAAAGCUGCUGACACCAUCUCAAUCCAGCUCCUCGCCAUCACCCGCUCCCAGCCGCUUCGCAUCUCCCUCUUCUUGCGCCACACAGGUCCAUCCCGAGUUCCCGAUACCAUCCAACGUCGCUCAUCCAGGGUCUCUGCAUAACCCAUCAACAACUACUUGGGAUCCACAACACUCAAUAUCGUUCGAGGACGAUCCUCAGGCUACCGCGUCAGCCUCGCCAGCUCCCAAGCUGCCCAAAGCUAUCUGGCACAUGCUCAACGAGAAGAAGCAGCGCACCAAGCCUGACUGCAUCUUAGAUCCCAACUCCUCCUCGACUACCUCUGCCCCUCUAUCGCAGCAAAGCUCGACGGUAGCUAUUCCUCAGCUCACACCCGUAUCAGAUGCGUUGGCAGACUCGCACACUGCGCUUGUCAAGGUGCAAGGCCCAUUCACAGAUCGUCAGCUUGACUCGAUUGCUGAAGGCCUUGUCUAUCUUAAGCGUCUCGGCCUUGUCAGUGUUGUCGUCGUCGAUCAAGAUGACUGGCCCCACAUCUCUGCCGAUAUCGAUUGCAAGGGUGACAUUGUUGCCGGUAGAGAUGAGCUCGAGGACCAGCGCAUGGGUGAUUGGCUUGCUGCUCACCCUUCUCCAUCCUCGCUCAAAGCCAAGGAGAGCGCCAAUCAGUCUUGCACAAAGUCCAUGCUUGGUCGUAAACAGGAGCGUCUGCGAAAGCGCAUCAUGGCCGAGACUUUGCGUCUAGCUGACAGUCUCAAUCGUAAAGGUGCUAUGGCUCGACCCUUCCCUCAGGCUGUUGUCAAGGUCGAUGCUCAUGCAGCUGCUCAAGUCGAGGCAGAAGCACUUCAGUUGCAACGCUCCCCAUCUUCCUCCACCUCUCCCGCUCUGCAGCAUGGCAGUCGAGCAGAGCAGCCUCUCCGUCCACCACUCGUCUCGGAUGACGGUCUGACAUCCAUCCGUUCAGCACUCGCUUCCAAUCAGAUCCCCGUGCUGGCUCCCUAUGCCUUGUUCGAGAACGAGAAGGAUGGUACACUCGAGACACUCUGUCUUUGUGCUGACCAUGUCAUGGUCGCUUUGGCACGAGACAUGGUCCUUGCUGCCACUCGAUCCCAACAAGAGGCCGAGACCUCUGCUGCUGCCUCGACCAUCGCUGACCCCCUUUCGGAGCUGAUAGGCGGUCAAGUCGACAUGAUGCCUCUCCGUCUCAUGGUCAUCAAUCGUGAAGGCGGUAUCCCAUCUCACGCACGAGGAGGUGACCCUCACUUGUCUAUCAAUCUUGCCUCCGAGUACCAUCAGAUCAAGCAGUCCUUCGUCUGGCAUCAAACGCAUCCCACAGCGCUACGCAACCUCGACACCAUCUCAGACUGUCUCUCUUACAUGCCACAAACCUCAUCCGGUCUUCUCGUCACUCACCGAUCACCGCGCUCGCUCAUCGCCAACCUCAUCACCAACAAAGCAGCACACUCUCCUUCCCUACCCCACCGUCUUCUCGCCAACAAGCAAGACGUUCGCCACACGCCCACCAUCAUCCGUCCUGGUCUGCCCAUCAAAGUCAUCCAAGACUUUAACAAGAUCAACCUAGACAAGAUGUCAGACCUCCUCCAAGCUUCCUUCCGACGCAAGCUCAACCGUGAGGCCUACUACGAGAGGUUGAGCAAGCAGCUCGACUUUGUUAUCCUCACGGGCGACUAUCAGGGUGCGGCGAUCGUGACCAAGGAGUAUUCGCCUGACGAUGAUAGGGAUGCAGUUGAGCCAAUUGCCUAUCUCGACAAGUUUGCCGUUUUGCCCUCGCUUCAGGGUUCGGGUACGGUGGACUUCUUGUGGGGUGCAUUGCGUGACGAAGUGCAGGGUUUGGGUCUGUUGGAUGCGCUCAACGAUAAUGGAGGUCGAGGUGGUUACGGUACGGGACGCGAUCUGGUUUGGAAGUCGCGCUCCAACAAUCCCGUCAACCGAUGGUACUACGAGCGUUCCAAUGGCUUUGUUCGCAUCGACACCGACGCAAAAGGUACAGGAUGGCAGCUCUUCUGGUGCGAUGCAGAAGACAAGCUCGCCCGACUCUCAGGAGAACGCCGACUGUCAGCAUCUGCAUCCAACUUGGAGGAAGCAGCGGCAAUCGCACAUGACCACAUCGAGCUCCGACACGGCUUUGACGAUGAUGGUGCCACCUCAUCGGGCAGUAGUGGGAUAAGCGCACUGGAAAGCAGCGGUAUUGAGGCAUACGAACGCAGUCGUCGAUCGUCCAAGCCCAAAUUUGACUCGUAUCUCCACAGAGGCAGCAUGAGCUACGGCGACCAAUCAGGAGGCCCAAGCGACUUGACGCUGCUACCUAUCGUAGCGCCAGAGGAAGGAGGAAGGCUGUUACGAUGGGCCAAGUGCAUCAAGACGAUCAAAGGUGCCUGGGCUGAUUGA